GGCGCUAAGAAAACGGAAGUACAGUGAGAUUACAGGCACAUUAAAAACCAGAGCAUGGCUGAAUUUCAAGGAAAUUCAACUCCUGCCCUCCGUUCUCGAAAAUGUUAGUUUCAUUAUGUGAAAUCAGAUGCUCAUAUGGAAACUUACUAAGAAUUAAGGGUGGAUACCAGUCCGUGUAUUUGACAGGGUCAGACUCAUCUUUUGCCCAUAUGGAGCAACGUGCUGUGAGCUUGUAGCACAAUACAUGUUUUACUGUUGCUGUUUGUGAGGGAAAGAUUAAGAUCAACACGAGUGAUAAACAGCAGCAGACUGAGGAGACUACAGGUUCAUUAUCAUCAUUAUGGCUACACAGCCCAUGAUCCAGGCAAUCAUUGACUUCUCAGCAGGAGCAAUAGGUGGUACAGCCUGUGUGCUGAGCGGUCAGCCGUUUGAUACCACAAAGGUGAAGAUGCAAGCGUUCCCCACAAUGUACCGUGGCUUCGCCCACUGCUUCGUGUCUACCUUCAGGCAGGCAGGACUACGUGGUUUCUACAAAGGCACGACCCCGGCCCUUUUGGCCAACAUCACUGAGAACGCUGUGCUCUUCUUGAGUUAUGGCCUCUGCCAGGAUGCGGUCCGCUUUGUGUCCAGUAUGGAUAAAGGGGCCAAUCUCAGUGACAUUCAGAAGGCAUCUGCAGGGUCUUUAGCCUCCAUCUUCUCCGCCACGGCGAUAUGCCCCACAGAGCUGGUGAAAUGUCGCCUUCAGGCAAUGCAUGAAAUGGAAGCAGCUGGCAAGAUUGCAAGUGGACAGAGAAGCACAAUGUGGACAGUAGUGAAGACAGUGUUGAAGAAAAAUGGUCCCCUGGGUUUCUACCAAGGAUGGUCCUCCACCAUUGUGAGGGAGAUACCAGGUUACUUCUGCUUUUUUGGAGCCUAUGAAAUGUGUCGGUCUAAAUUUGCACAGUACAAGGGCACGGACAAGGACAGCAUAGGUAUUCUUCCACUCAUGUUCAGCGGUGGAUUUGGGGGAGCUUGUCUUUGGGUGAUGGUCUACCCCAUAGACUGUGUGAAGUCCAGGAUCCAGGUCUACUCAUUAGCUGGGAGGCAAGAGGGCUUUAUGAAGACCUUCAUGGGUAUCCUACGCACUGAGGGGUUCACUGCUCUGUACUCUGGCCUGACUCCUACCUUGAUUCGCACCUUCCCUGCCAAUGGAGCCCUCUUCCUGGCUUAUGAGCUCAGUCGCAAGUUUAUGAUGGAGACAGUUGGUGCCUGAUGUGGCGGACCUUUACACUCGAAGGACGUAUUCUGCAAAACCCUGCAUGGUCCUGUUAAAUUAGUUUUAUUGUGUCCUGGUGUUUGAUUAAACUUGAAAGAAAAGUAAAUGAUGCAUAUAUUGGUGCUUUGAGUAUGGCUGUAUUUCAAUAUCAAAUUUAAUGUGCUGACCACAGUAAUUUAAAAUAUAGUUCUUAACAUCAAUGAGUCUUCUGUAAUACUUAGAGACCAAUUAUAUAACUUUUCUACCUUAAAAUAACAGCUUCAAAAUCAUUUUAAUGCUACACUAUGACCUGUAAUAUGGUGAAUAGUGUCUCUGUCAUUCCCACUCUGCACCAUCUGUUCUUGCACUUUGUAACUUUCAUAUUUUGUGGACAAGAUGUCUUCUGGUUUUCUCUCUGAUGUCCUCUGGCUGCUCUGCCUCAAGUCUCUGUGAUUUACAGAGUUUCUUGAUGGGCAGUAAAGUAACGGCUGUGAAAUGUAGCUGCUAUUUAGAUUAUAUCCAAAAGUUCAAAGGUCAACUUCAGUGUGACCAGGGCUGGGACAGUUACUUUAAAAAUGUUAGCCUAUACAAUUACAGAUUUUAAAAUGUAAUCAGUAACAUAAUUCAAGUAUCAUUAUGUCAAAGUUACUUGGAUUACCUCAGUACGAAAUAUGCAAAUAAAUAAAAUGUGUUAAUAAUGUUAAUAAUAUAUGAUGUGUUUUCUUAAAAUAAC